GGGAAAGCUGCUCAGUGCCGCGGAGUGACCCCCCCCCAGUCCCGGACACAGUAGCGCCGGGCAGGGAUAGCGCAGUGCAAAACAGACGCGGGUGUAGCAGUUUCUCCUCGCUGCUUGGAACUUACUCUUCUCUGUAACUUUCAUGCACUUUCCCUGCUCCCCCAUCACUCUCUCCCCGCGUCCGUGCAACAGUCGCAGUGCUACUGCUUUCCCCCUUGCAACUUACUUUUAAAGUUCUCAUUCGUUUUUAACUUUUUAAAGGAGUUUUUAGAAGGCGUUUUAAAAAAAAAAAAAAAGUUUUAUUUUCUCACUUUUUUAAACGAAGCUAAAAUGAAUGUUUUUAGGAUUUCGGGGGAUGUCUCCCAUUUGCUGGCCAUUAUAAUCCUGCUGCUGAAGAUGUGGAAGAGCAAGUCCUGUGCUGGUAUAUCUGGGAAAAGCCAACUGCUCUUUGCUCUGGUGUUUACUACACGAUAUUUAGAUCUCUUCACUGUAUUUAUAUCCGCCUACAACACUGUAAUGAAGAUUGUCUUCUUAGUCUGCGCAUACGUUACAGUUUAUUUGAUCUAUGGAAAAUUCCGGAAGGCUUAUGACAGUGAGAAUGACACGUUCCGUCUGGAAUUCCUCCUGGUGCCAGUUAUUGGACUGUCCUUCUUGGAGAACUAUGAAUUCACCCCUCUAGAGAUUUUAUGGACCUUCUCUAUUUACUUGGAGUCAGUGGCCAUUCUCCCCCAACUCUUCAUGAUCAGUAAGACAGGAGAAGCCGAAUCUAUCACUACACACUAUCUUUUCUUCUUGGGCCUCUAUCGCGUGCUUUACUUGGCCAACUGGAUCUGGCGCUACCACACAGAAAAGUUCUAUGAUCAGAUUGCAGUGGUGUCGGGCGUAGUGCAAACCAUCUUUUACUUUGACUUCUUCUACCUCUAUAUUACCAAAGUUCUCAAGGGCAAGAAGCUGAGCCUCCCCAUGCCAGUGUGAAAGAGCCGCACAUCGGUGCCCUCCUCUAACCCACCCCCUGGAUGACUUGCUACUUCCCUCCUCACAGACUUUAUUAGGAGGCCGUGUCCUUCUGCACGUUAUGCUUCCAUUUCUGUUUUCUCUUCCAUGGCUACUGGAUCGUAAACUGCAGUGGUUCAUUUAUUAACUUCUUGGUUUUUGCUAAGUUUAAUAAACUAUAUUUGGGA